UUAUGAAUAUUCAUGAACAGCUGAGGGAGGGCUGUGCCUCUGGAUAUCUACACUCUUCUCUAGCAGAGCCAGGCUCGGAUCAGCCAUUAUCACCAUUGUAUGCUUUCAGCAUCUAUUACUGGGAAUGCAGUAGCUGCCCCCAACAUUGCCUUCUUGCUGGAUAAUAUCCAUGGAUUAGGAUGCUCAGCUAGGAAGAGCAUUGCAUCACUACAUUCCAUCUCCUUCCGGGGAUCCACUGGCACCAGUCUCAUUGCUUUGCAGAGGCAACCUGAAAAGGAAAGUGUUUUGAUAUGGAGGCCCCUCUGGUGUGCCUAGAUGAGGAGUUUGAGGACAUCCGGUCUUACUCUGAAGAACGCCAAGAAAAAUCUAGGGGAUUGUACAUGACAUCUUCGAAACUCAUUGAGGAUGCCUCUCUCUCAGAGUUGGAAAACUUCAGUUCUGAAAUAAUCAGCUUCAAAUCUAUGGAAGAUCUUGUGAAUGAGUUUGAUGAAAAGCUUAAUGUUUGCUUUCGGAAUUAUAAUGCCAAAACUGAGAACUUGGCACCUGUAAAGAAUCAAAUACAGAUUCAAGAGGAAGAGGAGCGCCUCAGGGAUGAAGAGGUCUGGGAUGCUCUCACUGACAAUUAUAUUCCACUAACGGGAGAGACGUGGAGAGACCAGAGCCUUGAGUCACUGAAUGGAAACAUGUCUGACUCUGAGUUCCAUGAAAAAGAUGAAGAAGAGCUGAAUGAGAAAAGUGAAAAUUAUUCGGGCAUUAUUGAGGAGCCCUUACUUACUGCAGAUCAGGUUAUCGAAGAAAUUGAAGAAAUGAUGCAGAAUUCUCCAGAUCCUGAAGAAGAAGAUAUUGAUGAUGACGACGACCAUAACAUUGAAGAUAUUUCUUCACAUUCCGACUCAGUUCUCCUGCAGGAGAUGCAAGCUUUGAGUCAGAAUUUUAACAAGAAUUGGUCCACUGAAGCAGGUCUGCAGCACAUGACCAGUAUGAAAUUAUCAGAAAUUCUGGACAGGGUUGAACGAGCCAUAUGCGAUUAUUCAGAGGAUUUGGUGCAACAGUUAGCUCGACGAGACGAGCUAGAAUUUGAGAAGGAGGUGAAGAACUCAUUUAUCACUGCUCUGAUUGAAGUGCAGAACAAACAGAAGGAAAACAGGGAGUUGGUGAAGAAGAAGAGAAAAGAUAAAGGAAUGAGUUUACACAUUAGUCGUGCAGAGAAAAAUGGACAAAUGCCAAUGAAGCGUUUCAGCAUAGAAGGACUCUCCAAUAUUCUUCAGUCAGGGAUCAGACAGACCUUUGGAAACUCUGGAAAUGAAAAGCAGUAUCUCAACACAGUGAUACCAUUUGAAAAAAGAGGGACCCCUCCAUCAGUUGAGGACCUGCAGAUGCUCACCAACAUACUUUAUGCCAUGAAGGAAGACAGUGAAAAGGUUCCAAUGUUGUUAACUGACUACAUUUUAAAAGUGCUCUGCCCUACUUAAGGUGUUGCACGGAAAGAAGACUUUCAGAACAAAAAGUUUUACAUAGGCCGAGGACUGCAUGGCAUAACAGAACUUCCAACUGUACAUUUACAACUGCAUAGCAUUAAUCCAAAUUACCAGAAGGCUUUCGUGUCCUUUAACCAUUCUCAACUCUGAAAAGCAUUUUCAUAAACAAUCGAAUAUAAGAGAAACCAUAAUAUUUUAUGAUAUACGACUGCAGGGACGUCAGACCUAAAGGAAUGCAAUCUGCCAUGACAUCUUUUUUCUUGGAAAACACACAUUGUUGUGCAUCCCUGAGCCACAGGAUGUGUAUCAGAGGACUGUAAUAAAACAUGGUCUUUAAGUAUUCUUGGCAUUUGAAUGGGAGUAAACAUAUAAUUAUGUCUUGAUUGGAGUGAAUCCUCUGCUGUGCACAUAUAAUUUGCACAUAUCUAAACUGCAGGUCCAAGUUUUGGCUUUCAGUGUGAGCUUUGAAAUUAUCUGUAUGAUAUUAUAACAUUUUAUAGGUUGAGAACUGGAUUCUAGAUAUGCUGGGCUGUAAAGGUGUUAAUGCAAAAUGCAAGAGUUGUUCAGUGUUACACAGUAUUUCAUUCCUUUGACUUUCAAAAGAGAAGACGUUGGAGGAAAGAUUCACACCCAUCUGCAUGUGGAAUGCUUAGUAAUAAUCUUAGCCAAGUUUCAUUUGCAUAGUAAGAUGUAUUUUUAAAAGGUGAAGCUGGUUUAUAAAAUAGCUGAUUUGCAGAAAUAGAAAAAAACAAGCUUGUAAAACCUGACCUGUCUGUCAUUGUAGCAACUAGCCCUGUAAACUUUGAUCUGCAGUUUCAUUGGCAGAGGCAAGUGUAACUUUUUUACAUGUAUUAAGUUAUCAAGUACUGCUCAGUGAGUGGAUGAGAACCUUUCUGUAAUACUUUCAACAUAUUAAUAUUAUGCUUCCUCUGUUUCAGUCAUCGGGGUAACUGUUCAGUGUAAACUUUAUGUUACAAUACCAAAUAACUUGCUUUAACAUGUAUCAUUUUAAGUAUUCUCAAAAGAUGGGAUCUGUCAGUUGCCAUCAUUGUGGCCCAUUUGUAUUAUUUGACAUACUUCUCAUCACCUUCAUGACAAUUUAACAUAAUGCAGCAAUAUAGUACCUCAAGAAGGAGAGGGAGAAAGGAUACCGGACCCAUUUGUCACAUGGGUCUGUACAUUGUAGUGUUUUAGAAUGUGUCUUGCAGUGUAUUACAUGAUAGCUUAAUAAAUCUGGUGAAGUGUAUAAAUAGCCUAUGUAAUCUCUGAGAAAUUAAUCAUUUCAUAUUUUCUGUAGAUUUGUGCAUUUUAUGUUCUAUACCAUUCAGGGUUACAACUGUGUAAAAUAAAUUGACUUAUUUUGCGCUUA